UCUCUGGGUGAUCUUGCUCCUCCACGCCCGGCGGUGCCUGCUCCUUUCGCGGCCUCGCCGGUUCUCAGCGAUCCCGGGCGGGAGGGAGGGUGGGCGGGCUGGCCCGGGCUGCGGCGGGCGGCUACGACUGGAGCGCUGCUCGGCGCGGCCGGUCGGCGGGACCCAGUGCACGCUGCUUGGCGCCGCAGGGUCAUCCCGCCCUGCCCUCGGGAGCAGGGAUUUUAGGCAGCUCUGCGGCCCGCGAGGCGGGCUCAGCGCCGUUCAAAAUGCAACCGACAGCACCCCAAGAGGACCAGGAGAACAUCAACCCCGAGAAGGCGUCGCCCGCUCAGCAGCCCCGGACCCGGGCCGGGCUGGCGGUCCUGAAGGCCGGGAACCAGCGGGGUCCAGCGCCGCCGCAAAGGCCCAAGACGCGACGAGGUGCCCCCCUUAAGGAUCUUAAUGUAAAUGAUGAGCAUGUCAUCGCCCCUCCCUGGAAUGCAAACAGUAAACAGCCUGCAUUUACCAUCCAUGUGGAUGAAGCAGAAGAGACUCAGAAAAGGCCAGGUGAAUCCGACAGAACAGAACGUGAAGAUGUCCUGGCGUUUAAUUCAGCUAUUGGUUUACCUGAACCGAGAAAGCCACUGGUACCUCUUGAUUAUCCAAUGGAUGGAAGUUUUGAGUCACCGCAGACCAUGGACAUGUCGAUCAUACUGGAAGAUGAGAAGCCAGUGAACGUCAACGAGGUCCCAGACUACCACGAGGACAUCCACACCUACCUUAGGGAAAUGGAGGUUAAAUGCAAGCCUAAAGCGGGUUACAUGAAGAAACAGCCAGACAUCACCAACAGCAUGCGGGCCAUCCUCGUGGACUGGUUAGUUGAAGUAGGAGAGGAAUAUAAGCUACAGAAUGAGACCCUGCACUUGGCUGUGAACUACAUCGAUAGGUUCCUUUCAUCCAUGUCUGUGUUGAGAGGAAAACUUCAGCUUGUGGGCACUGCUGCUAUGCUGUUAGCCUCGAAGUUUGAAGAAAUUUACCCCCCAGAAGUAGCCGAGUUUGUGUACAUCACAGACGACACCUACACCAAGAAGCAGGUUCUCAGAAUGGAGCACCUGGUCCUCAAAGUCCUCGCCUUCGACUUGGCGGCCCCGACCGUCAAUCAGUUCCUCACCCAGUACUUUCUGCACCAGCAGCCGGCAAACUGCAAAGUUGAAAGCUUAGCAAUGUUCCUGGGGGAGCUGAGUCUGAUCGACGCGGACCCGUACCUCAAGUACCUGCCCUCGGUGAUCGCGGGAGCGGCCUUCCACCUAGCACUCCACACGGUCAUGGGGCAGAGCUGGCCCGACUCCUUGGUGCAGCAGACGGGGUACACGCUGGAGAGCCUGAAGCCCUGUCUCCUGGACCUGCACCAGACCUACCUCAGGGCCCCGCAGCACGCCCAGCAGUCGGUCCGAGAGAAGUACAAGCACCCCAAGUACCACGGCGUUUCCCUCCUCACCCCGCCGGAGACACUACAGGUGUGACGGGAGCGGCCGCCCGCUCCCAGGCGGGGCUCCCUCCGAGGACAGGGCGCGGCUUUUACGUUAGGUCUUUACAAUCACUUCUGAACGCGACGCAAGUUAUUCUCAAUACAAAUUAUGCUAUUUUAAAGUGGUUUUAAUUUGUAUAUCUUUUGUACAUGUAACUAUCUUAGAUACGUGGCCAAUUUUAAGUGGUUUUGUUAAAGUAUUAACGAUGCCAGCCAUCAGGAUAAGACUAAGAAUUAAUAAAUCGAUUUAGAAAACUUGGAUUUUGUAAGUCAAAUUUAAUUUGAGGUAAAAAUUUGACUUCAGGAUUUCACUCAGAAAAGUUAUUUUCUCCUAUGGGGACUAGGGAGGCUUCUAAAACUUUAAGAAAAAGAGCUGUAUAGUUUCAGGAAAACAGACAGCGGUUCUGACAUUUUCCUAAGCCUCUGGACCAUUUGCUGACUUGCAUAAUCAAAGCGAAUCUGGAAUAAAUCUGUGUAUUUUUUGGUUGCGAUGAUCCUAGACUCUUUGAGCCCUUUGGACACGCUAAGAAAAUGCUUUUUCACUCAUCAACUUGCACACUUUAUACUAAAGUGACGAUUAUUUAAGACCUGUUAAGUUUUCCAGAAGGUUUAUUAUUAAAAACGUAAUGUAAGAACUAUAUAAAGAAAUGGCUAGAUUUUAUAAUGGAUUUGUGAAUUAGAAACGCCCAAGGUUGCCAGCACUUAAAUAAAUAUCCUUUUAAUAAUUAUUUACAUUGACACAA